GACAAAUCAGGGCACUUGGCAACCCAGGCUACAAAGUGCACCGCGGGUUUUCGCGCUAAUGUAAACAAUGAAAAAUUAAUAAUUAUUUUACUUAAAUUAUUAUUUACUUUGGUGAGUAACGAACAACUUCUCUAGAAAAGCAAAAAUAAACCAAUUUAAAAAGUUCUUCUGUUAAAAGAUAUUCUGGAAAAUGAAAGGUGUGAAAAUUUUGGCUUGCCUUUCGAUAUUGGUUAUCUUGCUUAGUAAAUCGUCGGUCGCUGAAAAAGUCUUUCGGGAUCCAGACGAUGAUUUUAUCAAUCCGUCAUGGGUAAAACCUGACAUUUGGAGAAGUCAAAAACGGCGUGAUCCCGAGCCGCCCAAAGUCGAGUGUGAAAAGGUAACGAAACCAUGUCAAUGUCCACCGGCUCCCGUUUGCCUUUCUCCAGAUCAGCGAACGAUGCAUUCUUACCGAAAGUUUGUCACCAGACUUUUUGAUGAAAAUCUUCUGGAAAAAGAAGUAGAUUCCGAUUAUCUGGUUCGUAAAAUUCAACUGAAGAUAACCAACGGGCAGCUGACACAACUGAAGACCGCGCAAAGUAUUGGAGAUAUCGAUGCUGUAAUUGCAAGCAUAGUCGAACAGUCUGGCAAAAUGACCUUCUACGAAAGGUAUCAGUUGAUUGCUUUCAACCUAAAGGAUUUUUUUAGAGGAUUAGGAAACAGCAUUUUCUUCCUCCAAUUUGCGACGCCUGUUUUGUAUAUCAUCGUAGGAUACUUGCUGAUAACGUUGCUGUCUCGCAUGAUGCAAAUCAACCGAUGGUUUUUAUUAUUGCUUCUCUUAGCAGGAAUCAGUUACAGUAUGUCCUACGAAGACUGUAAUCGAAAACUAGAGGCGGAAGCCCUAGCUCGUGUCAGCUUUAAUAAAAUACGAAAUCCCUGCAAGGAAAACAACUCCGGUUGGCUUGAUUACUUGAACCCGCUGAAUAUGUUCUCUGAAAGCAACGAACGAAAAUGCUAUCGACAUUUACUUGAUACGCACAACCUUCACAUCGGCCAAUGCAAUCCAGCACAGGUGGUUGUUCAAAUGAUUGGCAGCCUUCAAAUGGAAUAUUUUGAAGUUGUAAUCGAGAAAACAACACAGAUGCUCAGUCAAAGCAGCUGGAUUGGCAUAUGCCUUAUAAUACUGGUCGUUUACCUGUUUAUAACAAACAUCCCUGCAUAUAUGCUAUCAACAGCCAAAUGUACAACAGCAUUGCUUUCUACGCGCAGAAUCGGCGAACUCCCGUCAGAAACAACCCAAUCGAUUGCACCUGCACCGACCAAUAUAAAAGUUGACAUCAAUUUACCAUCAUAUGAUUCAUCAAUGCUAAACCGAUUGGAAGACAUAUUAAUUAGAAACGUUUCCGUAACCAACCAGCAAAGCAUCACAGAAAAACCUAACGACGACAGAGAUGAAUCAGAACCACCAAGGGCUUUGACCUCCACUGUACUUGAGGCGUGCACAUCUCCAGCAAGCGAUGUACAGGAUCUGCAUGAGCCUCCAUCCGAACCUCAAUCCACCAAACCAGCACCGGAAUCAACUGUCAAAACUUCUUCAGCGGAAAACUGGGAAGAGAAGAAGCCACGUUUCGAAGAUCAACCUCCAGAAUAACGUCCUUUUGACGGAACGCUACGGCUUGUAUAGGUAAAUUAAGGAACUAAACAGUGAUAGCUAUUAGCCUUUUGAAAUCCACAUUUUGUAUAAUUUAUGAUGCUUCGGAAUCAAUUGAUAGAAUUUAAGAACAAUUAGUCAUCUGGAGCAGUAGCUCGUUUCUGUAUAACUUAAUUAAUAUUAGAACAUAACAUAGAAUACAAAAAUCUUCACAGUUUUAAAUACCAACAAAUAAACUUUAAGCAUAGAACGGCAUGUUUUUCCAACUAUGAAAUUCUUUCAAAAACGUUCUUCACAUGGAAAACAACAUCACUACACCAUAAAGUGAAUUUUAUUGGUUAAAACCAUUUUAUCU